UGGUGGCACUGACUGGCAGCACUGCUGGGCUGCACUGAUGGGCACUGGUGGGCACAGGUGGGUGGCACUGGUGGGCACAGGUGGGUGGCACUACUGGGCACAGGUGGGUGCAUUGCUGGGCACAGGUGGGCGCACUGCUGGGCACAGGUGGGUGCAUUGCUGGGCACAGGUGGGCGGAACUUGUGUGUGGCACUGCUGGGCACCGAUCAUCAGGGCACUGAUGAUCAGUGACCCUGAUGAUCGGUGCCGUUCCCUGCUCUGACAACUGCCGGUUUUUGGCAGUACUUUCCUCACAAUCUGACAGCGUGAGGAAAGUGCAGCCGAGAACCGCCAUUUGCAU